AGUGGGGCUGUGGGUCACAAAAUGGCCAUGAGCAUUUCCUUCAGCCUUAGCCAACCCAUCAUCACAAGGUGCCGUAUAAUAGUGUGUCCUCCACCCCCUGUGAACGGACCUCUUCCUCUGACCAAAUCGCCUAGUCACAGUAUCCUCCCUGACAGGCUGGUGUGUACACCAGGGCUUGCACUGCCUUUGAAGCAUGUUUCAUGGUGAGGUGCUCUGAGUUGAGAUUACGCAAGGCGUUCCACAUUCUCCUACGCUGGGGCAGCAUCCGAUGUAAAUCCAAAGAACAGUUUUAUCCAUUUAUUUGAAUUUUUUGCUCAGAGUAAUCUCCGUAGGAUUUUCCGUAGGAGAGGGCUGCUCGUGGAUUAUGGGUACAACUGCCAGCGCAGCUCCACAGCCACCAGCACCUCCGCUUGAAAGUAUUCAUGGCGACGAGAUGGCAGACAACAGGCGGUCACUGAGCAUCAACUCCUUUCAGACAGUCAACAUCCACAGUAACAAGGCCAAGUCCAUCAUCACCAACAAGGUGGCACCCGUUGUCAUAACGUACAACUGCAGACAGGAAUUUCAGAUCCAUGAUGACUUGCUCAAAACAAAUUACAAAGUCGGCAGGAUUUCUGACACGAUGCCUGAACAUUACCUCGUUCAGGGGACAUAUUUCAUGGUGCAGGAUGUAUACAGUAAAGCAGAUGUCCUAAAUACGAUGGGUACACAUGGAGCCCCUAAUUUCCGUCAGGCCAAGGGUCAGUAUCCCCUCUUUGGGAUGGGACAGGCCAGCCUCAACGGCUUCAAGCAGGUUCUCCAGAGACUGCAGAGCCAAGGACAUGAGGAGGUUCUGUUUUUCUGUGUGAGAGAAGAACCAGUUGUCUUCCUACGUUGCGAGAACGACUUUUUGCCUUACACUCCCCGGAGGAAGGAGAACCUGCAUGAGAACUUGCAUGGGCUGAAGAAGGAUGUCAGAGUAGAAAGCCUGGAGCUGACCAUCAGAAAGGAGCUCCAUGACUUCGCUAAGCUCAACGAGAAUGUGUACUACGUCUACAGUGACAUUGAACACUUUAAGGAUGAGCCGCAGCACAUCACCAUCACCUGCGAGGAGGACAUUCAUGUCACUGAAGAGGUCUACAAGAGGCCCAUUUUCACAUUGCCUUCCAACAGGUAUUACCGCCUCCCCUUGCCAGUUGAAGGAGCCCCACUUGAGGAGGACUUCAAUGCCUUUGUCUCCGUACUCAGGGAAUGUCCGAGCCUGCUGUUCACCAGGGAUGUGUCCCGGGCCCUGCCGGCCCUGGUCUUCAGCUGCCAGGUGGGGGUGGGCCGUACCAAUCUGGCCAUGAUCUUGGGCACCCUCGUCAUGUUCCAGCUAAAGGGAACACCUGAUGAAUCCAAAACAGAGGAGAGUGUGGACUCGUUGCGACCGCACUUCCAGGUCAUCCAGAGCUUAAUCAGCAGGCUGCCUAAUGGCCAGCAGGUCAUCGAGGAGGUGGACAGAGCGAUCUCCCUGUGCUCAGAAAUGCACAACAUCAAAGAAGCGAUCUAUGAAAACAAGAAGAGACUGGAAGCCGUCGGAGAGGAUCAUCAGAUCCAGGGAAGUGGCACCAAAGAGUAUUUCCUUAACAGGACCUUGCAGAGCCUUGAGCGGUACUUCUACCUGAUAGCGUUUAACGCGUACCUUCACCAGCAGUACCCCAUGGGCUUUGUGUCCAGCUUCAGCCAGUGGAUGUGUGCUCACCCAUGGAUCUACAGACUGCUGGCCCGCAUGAACCUCUCUGAGCUCUCUGCGCCGGCAGAUCUUGUCACUAAAGGAGCCAGGGUGUUGGUGGCCGAUGAGUACCUGGCCCUGGACGUCCUCAGCACAGUGAAGGAAAUGAAGGUGGCCAAUUUCAGACGGGUCCCGAAGAUGCCGGUCUAUGGGAUGGCACAACCCACAUCAGAGGCCACGGGAGCCGUGCUGACCUACCUGGCGGAUGAGAAGCGUAAGCACACGCACAUGCUGUGGGUGAACGUGCAGGAGGAGCUGGUGCUGGAGGGGAAUGGCCAGGUGUUCACCCCCCGAGAGCCGUGCUGCCUGGACCAGAACAUCCCCGUGCAGACCAGUGACCCUCAAGUCAUUGAGAAACUAGAGACUGCUGUGAAAGAAGAUAUUCUGAAAUCCCAGAAGUGGCUUGAGGUGACCCUGGAGCAGGAGAAGCAGAUGAAGAUGUUCAAGACCUGUCUGACGGUGCAGGAGAUCUUCAACCAGCACAAGAGUGUUUACGAGGGCCUCGUGUACCAGCGCAUUCCGCUGCCCGACUGCUGUGCACCGAAGGAGGAGGAUUUUGACAGGCUGUUGGAGGCCCUGAAGGGCAGCUUAGCUGAAGACUCGCGCGCCGCCUUCGUGUUCAACUGUCACGACGGCAAGGGCCGGACCACCACGGCCAUGGUCAUCGCCACCUUGACCCUCUGGCACUUUAACGGUUUCCCUGACUUUGGUGACGACGAGAUCGUCAGCGUUCCGGAUGCCAAGUACACCAAAGGGGAAUUUGAGGUGGUGAUGCAGCUGGUCAGGCUGCUGCCUGAUGGUCACCGCAUGAAGAGGGAGGUGGACAUGGCUCUAGAUGCGGUCAGCGAGACCAUGACCCCCAUGCAUUAUCACCUGAGAGAGAUCAUCAUCUGCACCUACAGACAGAUUAAGACUGGCAAAACGGAAAAGGAGAUGCAAUCCUCGCUGCUAAAGAGCCUGCAGUUCCUCGAGCGGUACAUUUACCUCAUCCUCUUCAACACCUACCUGCACCUGGAAAAGAAGGACUCCUGGCAGCGGUCAUUCAGCCAGUGGAUGUACCAGGUGGCCACCAGUGCUGGGGUGUACUCCAUCCUGGACCAGCUGGGCUUCUCGGAGUUUGAGAACCCCAGAGACACGGCACUGUCGCGGCUGCGCAGCCGCUGGCAGCAGCAGAGUAACCAGCCGCUAUCCUUCAGGGGCGCGUUCCUCUGAGGUCUGGCCGAGCGUCUGUAGGGCCGCCUUCCAGUCGCCCAGUGAGAUGCCUUCGAUUGGCCAGAUCCCGUCCGCAGGGUCCCUGUGUCGUGGAAAACAACGCCUCUGUAGAAAAGCUGCCACUUCUGAUAUCUUAUCAUUUUUAAAGGAUUUUUAACGUUCUUUUUAAGUAGAAGCGACUGAUUAACGCGAGAGGAAGUGUGAAGGAAUAGCAGGGGAUGUUGUUGAGUAUGCAGCGGACACACAGAAGCUUAGAAAUAUUGGUUUUCCUUAUAAUCUCCUGUCAAAGCGAUUCUGCGGCAUCAUCGCUCCUAGCAGACGUUUACCUCAUUCCAUAUGCUGAGCUCAGGCAGAGGGGAAGUACUUAGAAUUAACAAUUUAGAGUUUUAAUUUACUACUUAAUCUAGUGUUACCGUAUGUGGACAUGUUGUCUCCCAAUGUUUAUUGCCUGUCAUCAGUCAAACCUUUUUUCAUCUUUUUUGAAAGAGAUGGAAUUACGGAUACACUAUGAGGCUACAUUGUACAAUGUGCUAUACUUUAAAUGCUGCAUUCAUGUGCUGAUUCCAGUCUUUUGCAUAAAUAUUGCUUAAGGAAUUGCUAGUGUUAGAUCAAGUUAUUGACGCAUUUAAACAAACUUUUCAGUGUUACGCAAGAAAAGUCACGAUCAGGCUUGUGAAAACUGCUUUUUUUUCAAUGAAUACAAUUACAAUAGUUCUCAUUUUACUUUUGAGACCCCAGUUGUAAGACCAGAACUUAAAACAUGUCUGCUUUUAUUCUGUAUUUGCAUGAAAAAUGACAUCAGCUUUGCUUUUUUUUAAGAUUAAAUGGACAUAUUUUGUACAAAAAGGCCUUUGAUAGAUAUGCAAUCAGUCAUUUACACAUUUUGUAAAUAAGUCAGUAACAAAGUCUGCAAAAACAUUUUUAUUGAUUUUGGUUUCAAGCAUUAAGGUACAUGAACUAAAUACCUGUAGCAUAGUUAUUUUAAACACCACAAGCCCAUUUUGCCAAAACGUGAGAUGUUAACAUGAAGGAUGGAGAUGGUGUCAUUCCACACAACGUGUCAUGCUCAUUGAGCAAAUUAAUGAAUUUAUGAUGUGAUUAGGUAAUUACUCAGAUUCCCCAGAAGAGGACGUCCCAGAAGAUCGCAUGCAAGUGUCACCACCGCAGUCAACGCGGACCGUAAAGUUGCAGCUUAAACGUAAAAAGCGCUGCAGAACCAUGGGAUGAAUCACGUGAUGUUUAUCAGAAAAGCGUCCUGCCUUGUAAACAUGGGAGUACUAAGACUUUGCAAUAUGUGUAAUGUGAUAACCAAAAAAAAAAAAUGUACUAAUUGUAAGGGAAAAAAAAGUCCU